GUCCGAGUGAAGCAUCUCACGCUGUGAGCCCCUCUUUGGUCUCCUUCCAACAUCAUCAGCAGCAGCGGUGGCAGCACCACCAGCAGCAACGGCCCCGCCUCGCGACGUGAACCGCUGGCUGGUUCACCUCCAGCACCGUCUCACAUCUGGCUGUCAGGAAACAGCGCUGCUGCCGCUCCGUCCGGUACCGCGGCAUGCUCAUAUCCGAAGAAGAAGAGGAAGAGGAUUUUUAUUUAUCUAAAAGGGGAGCGAAAUGUCUGAGGUGCGAAAAUUCACAAAGAGGCUGAGCAAACCCGGGACGGCCGCGGAAGUCAGACAGAGCGUGUCGGAGGCUGUGAGGACCACCGUGGACCUUGUGGAGCAGCCAAAGAUCAUUGAACCACUCGACUAUGAGGCUGUGGUGUUUCAGAGAAAGGCUCAGAUCCACAGUGACCCCCACAGAGACCUGCUGCUCUGCCCUGUGGAUGAUGUCUCGGAGUCUCAGAUCUCCCGACAGAGGAGGACCGUUGUUCCCUCUGUGCCCCAGAAUGCCGAGCGGGAGGCAAGGAGUCUGUUUGCCAAAGAGUGCAUUAGGAUGUACAACACUGACUGGCACGUAAUCAACUACAAAUACGAGGCUUAUUCUGGAGACUUCCGCAUGUUGCCGAGCAAAGGCCUGAAGACAGACAAACUCCCAGCUCAUGUGUUCGAAAUCGAUGAAGACGCCAAAGACGAGGACUCGGCAUCGCUGUGCUCCCAGAGGGGAGGCAUCUUGAAGCAGGGCUGGCUUCAGAAAGCCAACAUCAAUAGCAGCCUGUCUGUCUCCAUGAGGGUGUUCAAGAGGAGGUACUUCUACUUGUCUCAGCUCCCCGAUGGCUCCUACAUCCUCAACUCUUAUAAGGAUGAGAAAAACUGCAAGGAAACCAAAGGAUCCAUCUACCUGGACUCCUGUAUAGAUGUCAUCCAGAGUCCCAAGAUGCGGCGGAAUGGCUUUGAGCUUAAGAUGCAAGACCGCUAUAGCCACUUCCUGGCUGCAGACAGUGAGGCAGAGAUGGAGGAAUGGGUGGUCACACUGAAACAGGCUCUGCAGAGCAGCACAGAGGCUGGCCAGGACAGGAGGAACGGUGCUGAGUCGCUGGACUGUGUCCUUGAUGAUGACACGGCCAGCCAAGGUAAAGGCGAGAGCAUGCUGGAGAACUCGGGGAGGAGCUUGCACACUGAACUCAUCAAGUACACCAGGGAGACAGAUCAGCUCAGUAAGAUGAACAGGAACGAAGGCAGGCUGAAGCUCUCCUCUCUGGAUCCUGAGACACAGAGGCUGGACUUCUCUGGGAUUGAGCCAGACGUGAAGCCCUUCGAGGAGCGUUUUGGUCGACGUAUAGUGGUCAGCUGCCACGACCUCACCUUCAGUCUGCAGGGCUGCGUGAAUGAGAAGGGCGACGGUGUCCUUACCAAUGUGGAACCGUUCUUCAUCAGCCUCGCUCUCUUCGAUGUCUCCAAGAGCUGCAAAAUCUCGGCCGACUUCCAUGUUGAGCUCAAUCCACCAUCUGUGAGGGAGAUGCUCACCGACACCUCUGCCCAAGCGUCUCCUUCAUCUGACUCGGACGGCGGUGGUGGAGGGAAGGACGGGGGACAGGGAGGAGUCCUCGUGAACGGAGACUCAGGGAAAGGAAACGGCCUGCCGCUGCUUCAGAGGGUGUCAGAGGCUCUGCUGCGCUUCCCCACUCAGGGUAUCUUUUCAGUGACUAACCCCCAUGCAGAUAUCUUCCUGGUGGCCCGUGUGGAGAAGGUGUUACAGAAUGGCAUCACCCACUGCGCUGAGCCAUACAUGAAAACCUCUGACAUCACUAAGACUGCUCAGAAGGUGCUCAAAGCUGCCAAGCAGACAUGCCAACGCUUGGGCCAGUACAGGAUGCCGUUUGCUUGGGCUGCCAAGCAGGUGUUCAAAGACGCUCAGGGCAGCCUGGAUAUGGAUGGGAAGUUUUCUCCUCUCUAUCGCCAAGACAGCAGCAAAAUCUCGACUGAUGACCUCAUCAAGCUGCUGGCCGACAUCAGGAAACCAGAGAAAAGCAAACUUCAGAUUAUCCCUGGACAGCUGAACGUCACCAUCGAGUGUGUCCCGCCUGAUUUCUCAAACACAGUGACGUCCUCUUACAUUCCCGUCAAGCCCUUCGAGGACGGCUGUGAGCGGGUGUCGGUGGAGAUCGAGGAAUUCCUCCCCGAGGAAGCCAAGUACAACUAUCCCUUCACCACUUACAAGAACCAGCUGUAUGUCUACCCCCUGCAGCUCAAAUAUGACAACCAGAAGACCUUCACUAAGGCUAGAAACAUUGCCAUCUGCAUCCAGUUCCGAGAUUCUGAUGAGGAAGGUGCUGCUCCUUUAAAGUGCAUCUACGGCAAGCCGGGAGAUUCACUCUUCACCAGCAGCACCUACGCAGCCGUCCUGCACCACAAUCAGAGCCCUGACUUCUACGAUGAGGUGAAGAUUGAGCUGCCGGUUCACGUGCAUGAGAAACACCAUAUCCUCUUCACCUUUUACCACAUCAGCUGUGAAUCCAGCAGCAAAGCCAGCAGCAAGAAGAGGGACGGAGUGGAGUCACUCGUGGGCUACUCCUGGAUGCCUUUGCUUAAAGAUGGGAGGAUGCAGUCGUUAGAGUUCCAGUUGCCUGUGGCUGCCAGUUUGCCUGCUGGAUAUCUUUGUCAGGACACCAGGAAGGCUGAUAUCAAGUGGGUGGAAAACGCCAAGACACUGUUUAAAGUGAGGACCCACGUAGCAUCAACGAUAUAUCCUCAGGACCUCCACCUACACAAAUUCUUCCAGCACUGCCAGCUGAUGAGAACAGCAUCAGAAGGCAACCCAGCAGAACUGAUCAAAUACCUGAAGUGCCUACAUGCCAUGGAGACUCAUGUCAUCAUCACCUUCCUGCCAACAGUGCUGAUGCGGCUGUUUGAGGUGCUCACAGCCGCCACCAAAGAAGCCCACGAGAUUGCUGUUAACUCUUUGCGUGUGAUCAUACAUAUAGUUUCCAAAUGCCACGAGGAGGGACUGGAACACUACCUGCGCUCUUUUGUUAAGUACGUGUUUGUAACCAACAAUCCUGCAUCAGGAAACUCAGUGACCACUCACGAGUUGCUGGCCACAGCUGUAACAGCCACCCUCAAGCAAACUGCUGAUUUCAACACCAGCAAUAAACUGCUCAAGUACUCUUGGUUCUUCUUUGAAACCAUGGCAAAAUCCAUGGCUCAGUACCUGCAGAAGGAGAACCGCAUGAAGAUGCCACGGGCCCAGCGCUUUCCGGAGCGUUUCCACCAGGCUCUGCAGUCCUUGGUGUUGUCCAUUAUGCCACACAUCACCAUCCGCCACUCAGAAAUCCCAGAGGAGGCUCGCUGCAUCAACCUGAGCCUGGCGAAUUUCAUCAAGAGGUGCCUGACUGUCAUGAACAGAGGUUUCGGUUUCGGCCUGGUCAACCACUACAUGUGUCAUUUCAGCCCCAAAGAUCCCAAGGUGCUGACCGAGAUGAAGUUUGACUUCUUGAUGACGGUGUGUAACCACGAGCACUUCAUCCCUCUCAACCUGCCCAUGGCUUUCGGGCGCACCAAGCUGCAGAGGGUACAAGAUUUUAUUCCGUAUGCGACGGAGCUUUUUGGGCCCGUAGAGCAGAGUCUGGAGUUCAGUUUGACGGAGGAAUACUGCCGUAACCACUUCCUGGUGGGGCUGCUGCUGAGAGAGGUGGCUGACGCCUUGCAGCAAGCGCCCGAAGUGAGGCAACAGGCCGUGGGCAUCCUCAAGAACCUUCUUAUUAAACACGCCAUGGAUGAUCGCUACACCGCUUUCAAGAACCAGCAGGCCAGGAUCUGUUUGCUGUACCUCCCACUUUAUGAGCUGCUCUACCAGAACUUGAAGCAGCUUUCCGCUCAGCCUCUCAUCUCCAGUCCUGGGCUGGGCCUAAACGGCUCCAGAGAUGACCUAAUAUCCACAGACAUGAGGAGGAUCAGCACAGCGAUCGAGAAAGAGCAUGGUCAGCCAACUCAGAAUGGCCACGUUGUGAGGAGGGAAGACUCCAGAGGCUCUCUGUUUAUGGACCCAGGAACACCAGACAGCAUUGAGCUGCAGAGACGCGCCUCCACCAUGAGCAGCAGCACCAUGCCUCCUAUCGGCAGACUGGGACACUAUGAGAUCAAAGGCCUACUGUUCUCUUUCCUGCACAUCGCCAAGACCUUGUCAGAAGACACUCUGAUGGCCUACUGGAACAAAAUCAGCCCUCAAGACAUCAUGAACUUCCUCAGUUUGCUCGAGGUCUGUCUGGCUCAGUUCCGUUACAUUGGAAAGAGGAACAUCGGCAGGAGCCAGGAGGCGUGUGUGUCGAAGCUGUUCUCGUCAGGUGGAAAGUCUCAGACAAUGCCACCCAUGCGCUGCAACCGUGCCAGCCUCAUGCAGAGCAAGAUACACCAGUUCAACACCAUGGAAGCCUCCCUCACCCUCAACAUAGGGGCAGGGCCGUCGGAAGCAGAAAUCCACCAUCAGGCUCUGCUAGAAGGCAACAUCUCCACCGAGGUCUGCCUCAGCGUCCUGGACAUCCUGAGUCUGUUCACUCAGUGUUUCAAGAACCAGCUGCUGGACAGCGACGGUCACAACGCGCUGAUGAAGAAGGUGUUUGACGUCUACCUGACUUUCCUCAAAGUCGGCCAGUCAGAAGCUGCCCUCAGACAUGUGUUCGCCGCUCUGCGUGCUUUCAUUAACAAGGAAACUAACCACACCAAGUGGCUCAGCAUGGCCCCAUCUUAUUUACAUAACAAAAGCAGCGGUUCACAGUUCCCUUCGGUGCUGUUCAAGGGUCGCGUGACGCUGUGCGAGGCUCUGUGCUGCGAGGUGCUCAAGUGCUGCGUCUCCAAGCUGGCCUCUCUGCGGGCCGAGGCGUCAGCCCUGCUCUACCUGCUCAUGAGGAACAACUACGAGUACACCAAGAGGAAAACCUUCCUACGCACACACCUGCAGAUCAUCAUUGCAGUAAGCCAGCUGAUUUCUGACGUGGCGCUGACCGGCAGUUCACGCUUCCAGGAGUCUCUCUCCAUCAUCAACAACUUUGCAAACAGCGACAAGGCCAUGAAGUCCACAGCUUUUCCCUCAGAAGUGAAGGGUCUGACCAAGCGGAUCCGCACAGUUCUGAUGGCUACAGCCCAGAUGCGAGAGCAUGAAAAAGAUCCUGAAAUGCUGCUUGACCUCCAGUACAGCCUGGCCCGGUCCUACGCCAGCACCCCUGAGCUGAGGCGGACCUGGUUGGACAGCAUGGCCAGAGCGCACCUAAAGAAUGGAGAUUUGUCAGAGGCUGCGAUGUGUUAUGUUCAUGUGGCUGCGCUGGUUGCGGAAUACCUGAACAGGAAAAAGUUGUUCCCCAGCGGCUUGGCAGCUUUCAAGAAAAUCACCUUUAACAUUGACGAGGAAGCUGCCAUGAAGGAAGACGCCGGCAUGCAGGAUGUCUAUUACACUGAGGAAGUGUUGGUGGAACACCUCGAGGUCUGCGUGGACGCGCUGUGGAAAGCUGAGCGCUACGAACUCAUCACACACAUCGCCAAACUUGUUAUCCCCAUUUAUGAGAAGCGCCACGAAUAUGAGAAACUAAGCCGACUGUACGAAACUCUGCACAGAGCGUACAAUAAGAUCAUGGAGGUGAUCCAGUCGGGCCGCAGGCUGCUCGGGACCUACUUCAGAGUGGCCUUUUAUGGACAGGGCUUCUUUGAGGAGGAGGACGGGAAGGAGUACAUUUACAAAGAACCCAAACUGACCGGCCUGUCCGAAAUCUCCCAGCGGCUGCUGACGCUCUACGGGGAGAAGUUUGGGCCAGAAAAUGUCAAGAUAAUUCAAGACUCAAAUAAGGUCAACCCCAAAGAGCUUGACCCUAAGUUUGCCUACAUCCAAGUGACCUUCGUCAAGCCGUACUUCGAGGAGAAGGAAGCGCCAGAGAAGAAGACGGACUUUGAGAAGUGCCACAACAUCAGCCGCUUCGUGUUCGAGACGCCGUACACGCUGUCGGGGAAGAAGCACGGCGGGGUGGAGGAGCAGUGCAAGAGGAGGACCGUCCUCAUAACUGCCAACACUUUCCCAUAUGUGAAGAAGCGGGUGGAGGUGGUGGCUGAGAAGCAGGUGGAGCUUAAGCCGGUAGAUGUGGCCAUAGAUGAGAUGAAGGCACGGACAGCGGAGCUGAUUAAGCUCUGCUCCAGCCAGGAAGUGGACAUGAUCCAGCUGCAGCUCAAACUGCAGGGCUGCGUCUCUGUGCAGGUGAACGCAGGCCCCAUGGCGUAUGCCAGAGCAUUCCUGGAUGACAGUAAAUCCAACCAGUCCGGCAACAAGAAAGUAAAAGAGCUCAAGGAUGUUUUCAGACGUUUUGUUGAGGCUUGCAGCAUGGCGCUGGACAUAAACGAGCGUCUGAUCAAAGAGGACCAGUUUGAGUAUCACGAGGGCCUGAAAACCAAUUUCAAAGAAAUGGUAAAAGAGCUGUCGGACAUCAUCCACGAGCAGCUUUAAGGAAAAACCCAAGAUAUACCCGGAGGAUAUGAUGCGAUCGCUACUACAGAACUCCCUCCAUGUGUUCCGUGCCAUCAGCGGGACGUCCACUGACCUCGGUUGACCUCCUGCACACCACCCUCUGUCUCUUGCGGCCACCCACACUUCUGUAUAUCCUUGCACGUCUCCCUUGAGGACCUGGAUUGGUUUAUAACAGGGAAUUUGUCAGUGCAAAUCUGCCCAGCUAUGCAUGCCAAAACAUUCCCCCUGGUGAAGAUGCCAUUUGGCUAUCAAGGGCAUCUUUGCUGGAUGUGCAGUGGAUGGUGGGGGUAACAGCUUGCGGCACAGCACUCAGAUUUAGUCCUCAAACCACAGCAGCAGUAAUUCUGAGAAUGUAUUACAGCAACACCAUUUACGUGUCUGCAUGUCAGGUUUAGGUGUUACGCUCGGCUGCAUUGCACUUUUUUUUCCCCCCACCUUUACAGCAAACUGCCGGACUGACUGCUGGUUAAACAGUUUUUCUAUUUUCUAUUUGCAAUGCCGCCCUUUAGAUCUAUGCAGGACACCACGCUCCGUCCCAACUUUUACAACUUGAGUCACCUUUUUAAAGACAGUAGCACCUUUAGUUUGCGUCUCAGUGUUUGUGGCGAGAGGUUUCGUGCUACCAUACCGGCUCAACUAG